GUUGUUCAGUGGCCUGAGAGCCCCUGCCCGGGGGAUGUUGUUAUUUGGACCCCCAGGCAACGGUAAAACUAUGCUGGCAAAGGCUGUGGCAAACGAGUCCAGUGCCACGUUCUUCAGCAUCAGUGCCUCAAGUUUGACCUCCAAGUGGUAUGGUGAAGGGGAGAAGCUGGUGAAAGACAUGUUUGCUGUCGCCAAGGAGCUGCAACCCUCAGUCGUCUUCAUGGAUGAUGUUGACUCCAUCCUGUGUGAGCGUCAGCAAGGGGGGCAUGAAGCCAGCAGACGACUCAAAACUGAGUUCCAACUCCAGUUUGACGGGGUUGCCGAUUCCUCCGAGAAUCGAUUUCUUAUCAUGGUGGCCACAAACAGACCUUGGGAGCUUGAUGAUGCUGUGCUUAGGCGUUUCAGCAAGCGUGUGUAUGUUAGUAUGCCAAAUGCAGAGAUGAGGCUCGAACUUCUGAGACAUGUCUUGGGCAAACACAACAACCCGCUGUCAGACAGGGACCUCGAAAAGCUUGCUGAACUCACUGAGGGGUACUCUGGCAGUGAUCUGAACAGUCUAGCCAAGGAUGCUGCCCUCGGCCCUGUUAGAAGAAGGAAUGUCGUUUCAAGAGGUAAAGGAGGUGCCACUUGGGAGCGUGCGGCCCAUCAGUCUGAUUGACUUCCAAGUCUCCGUACAGAAGAUUCGCAGCAGCGUUGAGGCGAAGACCCUGAAUAAGUAUCUCGAUUGGAACAAAGACUUUGGAGACAUGAGCAUGUGAGCCAACCAGGAGGGGGGGGGGGGGGCAGUGGGAUGAUAUGUGACACGAAGGGUCCAAGAAAGUGAUUAUUACAAUAUGUGAAAUGGGAAUUAUUACAAUAUGUAAAAUACACUAAAGCAGCGAUACUGCAUGAAUUUUCUUUAUUUUUUGGUCAUUUUCUGGACACAUUUCGAAUGAAAAAUAUGGUUGAUAAGGCUAUACUGCUUAGAUAUUCACAUGCCUUGUUGUAUCAGGCGUUAAACUGUCCUAAAAACACAAUCAGAUGUGUUUGUUGUUUGUUUAAAAACGAUUAUUUCCCAAUUAUAUACUAGGUUUUAAAAGCAAUGAAACUACAAUAUUGUACAUAGAAAUUUUGAAUUGUUAAACCACUAUUAAUUGGACUCAUCAUUGUCGGAAUUUAUUCGAUAAACAGCCUUAUAGAGCAUAAUACAUGUUCGAAUUCUUAAGAUAAAUUAAAAUCUAUAUAUUUAUUACUUAUGACCAAUGUUAUGUGUAUUGUGUUUGCACAAUUUGGAUUAUGAAAAAAUAGUUUUAUUGUUGAUUGUAAUUUCAUCAUCUUUCAAAAAAUGCGCUUUAUGUUUGUAUGACGUCAUAUGAUAAUACAUUUAAAUAAGAUUUUUCUUAA